CACCAGCUCCUCUUCACCCUCCCCCGCGUUCUACCGCAGACUCGGGCAAAGGGCGGCCUAGAGCGGUCCAGAGGGCGCGAGACCAGACGGAAAAAGCGGAGCGGAGCCCGGCCGAGCGCGAACUUUGGCCGCGGGCUGCGGAACCCAGCUACAGCCAUGGCUCCUCUGCGCUUCGCAGCCAACCUGUCGUGGCUGUUCUCGGAGCAGGGCCCGGCUCUGAGCGCUCGCCUCGAGGCCGCAGCCCGGGCUGGCUUCAAGGUGGCCGAAGUGGCCUGGCCGUACGCGGAGCCCGCUGCACAGCUGGCGGCGGCGGCGCAGGCAGCCGGGCUACGGCUGGUGUUGCUCAACACGCCGCCGGGGGCCACGGACCUCGGCGAGCUGGGGCUGGGCGCCGUGCCCGGGCGCCAGGACGCCUUCCGCGAGGGGCUGGAGCUGGCGGUCGCGUACGCGCGGGAGCUUGGCUGCCCCCAGGUGCACCUGAUGGCUGGCCGCGUCCCGCAGGGCGCCGAGCGCGCCGCAGUGGCCCGGGACAUGGAGGCCGUGUUCGUGGAGAACCUGCGGCACGCCUCCGACGUGCUGGCCCGCGAGAACCUCGUGGGGCUCGUGGAGCCCAUCAACAGCCGGCUUACGGACCCUCGCUACUUCCUGGACACGCCAGAGCAGGCAGCAGCCAUCCUGCGCCGGGUGGACAGGCCCAACCUGCGGCUGCAGCUGGACAUGUUCCACUGGCAGAUCAUGGGUGGGAACCUGACUGCCAACAUCCGUGCCUUCCUGCCCCUGGUUGGGCACGUGCAGGUGGCCCAAGUGCCUGACCGCGGCGAGCCCGACAGCCCCGGAGAGCUCAAUUUCCCCUACUUGUUCCAGCUGUUGGAGGAGCUGGGCUACACAGGCUACGUGGGCUGCGAGUACCGGCCCCGCGGGGACACCAAUGAAGGUCUCGGCUGGUUGCGGGCCUAUUGGGAGAGCCGGGGCGGGCCAUGCUGAGAGCCUUGCAGAUGACCCAGCUUAUCAAAUGCCCCUUCCAUCCCCUACCACCCUACCCUUAAGAAAGACACCACCCCACAAAACACGUUAUGUGUUAUCUCUUCUGAUAGAAUGUAAACUCGAGGACGGUUAAUCAUAGUAUCCCCACUGCCCAGCACUUGUGUGGCUUAAUAAAUGCUUACUGUUUGACUGAUUUGAA